CGUGAUGAAAUUUGUAAGACCAACCAUAUGAUUUCGAUUUUAGAUAAAGAUCAAAAAAACAGACUGGUUAAUAAUCUCAUACGAAAUACGAUUUUAUGUGAGGAAAUAUCGACACUGCUUUUCCCGCCAGGUGCCAUGCUGUUGCCAAGCAGAUUCAGGGCGAGUGGUGUAGCUAUAGAUUCAAUAAUAACGAACGAACGAAUUAUUCAAGAGACAUUAAUAGACAUCAUAGAGAAUACAAUUGAUUUAAACAGAUCCUAUGAAUCGGCAAUGGAAAACAACAAAAAUAUUUUAGUAGAAACACUUGAAGUAUUCUAUGAAAAUAUGCACCGGGGAACCUAUAUCUCGGUAGUAAAGAAGAGAAAUCAUAUUUUAAAAGAAACAUUUCAAGAUGUGCUCGAUGAAAAAAUGAAAAACGUCCAAAUGUGCGUGGACAACGAAAACAAAAAAUGUUUAUUGGUCGGGUUAAUCAAGCGAGCAGAUAAUCCUCGGUUUGUAUACACACAAGAAUGUAAUGACGACCUUAUGUGUGUUAUAACUAAGAUAGGACAGGUUACGGUACGUGGUGUUUCACGAAUCGCCACUCAAGUAGUGGAAUAUCAUCAAGAUCGCAGACUUGACACCACCAGCCAGGGUGAAUUAGAGUAUACGACCGUAAGUGUAGCAGGCCCCACAGGCGAGUAG